GAAAAAAAGCGUAAGAAACAGAAAGAAUAAAUCUCUGUCUACUUCUCUAGUCUCUCCCAGCUUCUCUCCGUCGCUCCUUCCCGUCAAGUUCCUGAUGUUUCCCUACUAAGAUUCUAGCGAUUUUCUUCUUUUGGGCAUCGCGGGAUUGAAUUCAGCACUCUUCUUCGGAUGGUACUUUUCAACUCGUUAUCUUCUAGCAAUUUUUAGAAGUUGUAUCGUUGGAUUAGCUGUUAGCAAGGUAAGGUGACCGAGGUUGAUUGAACACAUAGCUUGUUAUGGACCCCUCUAUUAUGAAGCUUCUGGAGGAUGACGAGGAUGAAACGAUGCAUUCGGGUGCAGCUGUGGAGGCUUUUCAGGCUGCCUUGAAUAGAGACAUAGAAGGUGAUGUUCCGGCUGUUUCCAAGGCUCCUGCGUCAGAUGCAGCUUUCCCUCGAGGGAGCAAUGGUCCAUCUAGCCUCCCGUUACAAGCUAGUCAAAAUGAAAAGACUGAAUCUCAUGCACAACAAGAUCAAAAUUUUCGUCCGAAGCAAGAACAACAUUCAUCUCUGAUGGAACUAGAGCGAUGUUCAUCAUUACCUGAAAAUCAGCAGCAACAUAAUGCUGCUCCCCUUCAAGCUUCAAAGAAUCAACCCCAAUCUGAUUGUGAACAAGGGGAUGCAGAGCAAGUUUCUGCUCAGUUUUCUCAAACACCAGGGCUGCAAGGUUCUGAAAAAGCUCCAAUCCUUGUGAAUGAUUCCAACAGAAUGCAGAAUCGGGAUAAUGAAUCUCAAUACCUGAAGUUACAAAAGAUGAGUAAUCAGCAGACAAUGGUCUCAGAACAGGCAAAUAACCCAUUAAAUCGUAGUAAACAGGUACCUUUUGCCUCGUUGAUGCCUGUAUUGAUGCCUCAGCUUGAUAAAGACAGAGCCAUGCAGCUUCAGACUUUAUUUAACAGAUUGAAGAGGAAUGAAAUGAACAAAGAUGAUUUUAUACGGCUCAUGAGGGGUGUUGUGGGUGAUCAGAUGCUCAGAUUAGCAGUUUGUCAAGUACAAGCACAGCCUCCACCUUCAGUCAGGCAACUUUCUCCAAGAAUGCCAUCUAUGGGCCCUGGUGCACCAAAUUUCUCUGACCCACGACCAUUUUCACAACUUCAUCAGAAAGGCAUGAAUUCUCCUGCUGUUCAAUCAUAUAUCCCCUCUUCAGCAUCCCAAGGGCGGAGUAGUUCAGGCUAUCCUGCCAUGGACAAGAAUAUGCAAUCUCUACGAGAAGUAGAACAGCGAACGGAUGGUAAUGCAAAUCAAUUGACUUCAUCCAGUUCAGGCACCAUCCAGGAAAGGGAACGCUCCUCAAUUCCUGUUCCAGGACUUGAGAAGCAGCAGCUACACUUUCAACAGAAAUCUUUCCCCAUGUAUGGAAACAGUGGUAAUUAUCACCCAUAUACUGGGUCAAACAUAAAUACCUCUUCGUUAUCUCUUAAACCCCAACCCCAUGAGGGUCAAGUGAAGCAAAUUUCCCAGCAGGCUUCCAAUUUUGAUAGGCAAGUUACUAUAAAUGAUCCGAAGCGAGUCCAGGGCGGAAAUGUUUCACACUUGCGUAAUAACUUAACUUCACAGCCAAGUCCCUGGAAGUCUUCAACAAGUAAAGAGCAGACCACAGGCCCUUUAUCUUCAAUGAGUUACAUUAAACAAGAACCUUCUGAUCAGGUUUCUGAGCAGAACAAAACCCAACAUUCAAAUUUGCAGGGAUUGUCUUCUAUUCCUAGCAUGCAGUCUGAACAAGUUAACACAACCCCUGGAAUUUCGAAGGACCCUUUUGAAAAGCAAACUUCUAAAGUAACUUUUCCUACAUCAAACAAUGUUAUGCCUCAAUCAUCAACCAACGCAGCAAAUCCAAUUUCUUCUGAUGCAAGUUCUCUACCUGAGUCUAGUGCUGUGUUAAGCUCUCAGGUUCCAUCUGCAACUACUCCUGGAAUGCAAAAUAGGGCACCUCAAAAAAAAGCUGCCGUGGGCCAAAAGAAGGCUCUUGAAGCACUUGGCUCUUCACCACCCUUAUCAAGUAAGAAGCAAAAGGUAUCUGGGGCUUUUUCGGAUCAAAGCAUUGAACAACUUAACGAUGUCACUGCAGUCAGUGGAGUUAAUAUUCGGGAAGAAGAAGAACAACUAUUUUCUAGUGCAAAGGAGGAUAGUCGAGCUUCUGAAGCAUCACGGAAGGUUGUACAAGAAGAAGAAGAGAGGCUGCUAUUGCAGAAAGCCCCAUUGCAGAAAAAGCUGAUGGAAAUCAUGGCUAAAUAUGGUUUGAAGAGCAUGAGCAAUGACGUUGAGAAAUGUCUCUCAUUGAGUGUGGAGGAAAGAUUACGUGGGAUUAUUAGUAAUCUAAUCAGGCUGUCAAAGCAGCGAGUGGACACUGAGAAACCAAGGCACCGAACACAUAUUACUUCAGAUGUUCGACAACAAAUUAUGUUAGUUAACCAAAAGGCCAGAGAAGAAUGGGAGAAGAAACAGGCUGAAGAAGAAAAACUCCGUAAGCUUAAUGAUCCUGAGGAUGGUUCAGACCUUGCUGGUGACAAGGACAAAGAUGAAGGUCGAAUGAAAUCAGUUAAGGUAAACAAAGAGGAGGACGAUAAAAUGCGGACAACAGCAGCAAAUGUUGCUGCCCGUGCUGCUGUUGGAGGAGAUGACAUGCUAUCCAAAUGGCAACUUAUGGCUGAGCAAGCGCGACAGAAACGUGAAGGUGGAAUGGAUUCUGCUUCUGGUUCUCAGUCGGGGAAAGAUGCUGUCCGUAAGUCUUCAUCAGCAGCAGGAAGACAUGGAAAGGACAACCAAGAAGGUGAUAGGAAAGGAACUUCCAAAAAAUUUGGAAGGAACCAAAUGAAUGCAAGUCAAACUAGGGUGGCUCGUAGUAUUUCUGUUAAAGAUGUCAUCGCCGUGCUGCAAAGAGAACCCCAGAUGUCCAGAUCCACCACAAUAUAUCGUUUGUUCAACAAAGUUCGUUCCGAAGCCACCGGUGAAUAGAAUUGACUAUAACAAUGGUAAACUAACAUCCCUAGAGACAUGCGUUCGUUUGGCGGGGUUCUGUCCGUCUGAACUAAUGGUAUUGGCUAUAUGAUAAACUGCAUAGUUUUUGAAAUAUAACUGCUUAAGUUGGUAGCUGCUGCUAGAACAAUUAGAAAAGGAGUUCCUCAAGAGCUUGUACAGAUUAAAGAGGCUCAAGACCUUGCCCGAGAGAGCUCUAUUUGCCACAGUUUGGCGCUGAUUCGUUUCUGGUUUUCAAUACGCUGAAAAGGGAAAGGGUGAUGAUUCGGAUCUUUGAGCUCAUGAGAUGGAAGAAGAUUGUGUUGAUGUUUGGCUUCAACCAAAUCCAUCUGCUAUACACUCCCUUUACCUUCAUGAUUUAGCUUCUUUUUUUUUUUUUAAUGGUUUAUCUAUGUGUGUGUGUGUGUGUGUUCUGAAUAUUAACGCUAUUGGAGUGCUAUUAUGUAAGCUCCUAGGCGUUUUGUCAUUGAUGAUAAAUUAUUUUAUUCUUCUUUUUUCCA